AUGGCGGACAGCACAAACAACGAUGCGCUCGUGCGCUCAGAAGACCCCAAUCACCCCGCAAACCUCAUCUGCAGCCUCUGCAGGAACUUCUACGACCAUGGCUGGGUAACCGGCACCGGCGGCGGCAUCUCCAUCCGCCACGCCGACCAUGUCUUCCUCGCCCCCUCUGGCGUACAGAAGGAGCGCCUAGCGCCCGAAAACAUGUUUGUCAUGGACUUCACCACCAAGGAGUACAUUCGGCGGCCACUGGAGCUCAAGCCAUCAGCAUGCACGCCGCUGUUCAUGGCGGCUUUCACGAAGCGUGGUGCGGGAGCGUGCAUCCACACGCAUUCGCAGGCGGCGAUCAAGGCGAUACCGAAGCCGAGUACGGGAGGGUAUUGCGGAUAUUUUGAUACAUUGACGAUACCGAUUAUUGAGAAUACGGCGCAUGAGGAGGAUCUGAGGGAUAGCUUGGAGCAGGCUAUGAAUGAGUAUCCCGACACAUGCGCGGUGCUGGUUAGGAGACAUGGAGUUUAUGUGUGGGGUGACACUGUCUGGAAAGCCAAAACACAGUGUGAAAGUCUUGAUUAUCUUUUCCAGCUCGCUGUCGAGAUGCACAAGCUCGGACUGGAUCCAGCAGGCCCCAUUGCACCCGUUGAGGAGUAG